CUUGUCAACUUUGAAUUUUUCUUGAAUUUUUAUAUGGUAUUUAGAGGUAAAUAUGGGUCUACUGACGAUUUUGAAGAAGAUGAAACAAAAGGAGAAGGAAGUGCGAUUAUUGAUGCUAGGCCUGGAUAAUGCAGGCAAAACCACAAUUCUAAAGAAGUUUAAUGGAGAAGAUAUUGACACCAUCUCUCCAACACUAGGCUUCAAUAUAAAGACACUUGAACAUAGGGGGUUUAAACUGAACGUAUGGGAUGUUGGAGGUCAGAAAUCAUUAAGAUCAUAUUGGCGCAAUUACUUUGAGAGCACAGAUGGUCUAAUCUGGGUGGUUGACAGUGCAGAUAGACGCAGAUUACAGGACACGCGACAGGAACUAGAUGCUUUACUACUGGAAGAAAGAUUAGCAGGGGCUACGUUACUAGUGUUUGCCAACAAGCAAGAUUUACCAGGAGCUCUCUCAGCAACAGAAAUAAGAGAGGCAUUGAAUCUGGACAAUAUAAAAUCUCACCAUUGGUUGAUCCUCGGCUGCAGUGCAGUAACAGGAGAGAAUUUACUUCAGGGUGUAGACUGGAUCAUAGAUGACAUUGCAUCAAGAAUAUUUACACAAGACUAA